UCAAAGAUGGCGGCCGGCGGCUUCGGCGUGUCCGGGGGUGAGAGGUGAGGGGUGGCGGCGGCCGGGCUCCGGGAAGAUGGCAGAGAGCGAGCGGCGGGCAGGCACCUCUGAGGAGGAGGCUCCUCCCCCCCAGCAGAGCUUCAUGAUCCCCAAGAAGGAGAUCAAUGUGGUUUCUGACAUGGCCAAGUGGAAGCGCUCCCAGGCCUAUGCAGACUACAUGGGCUUCAUCCUGACGCUGAACGAAGGGGUGAGGGGCAAGAAGCUCUCCUGUGAGCACAAGGUCUCAGAGGCCAUUGAGAAGCUGCUGGCCCUGCUCAACACCCUGGACAGGUGGAUCGAUGAGACCCCCCCCGUGGACCAGCCCUCGCGCUUCGGCAACAAGGCCUUCAGGAGCUGGUAUGCCAGGCUGGAGCAGGAGGCAGAGAAGUUGGUGGCCACAGUGCUGCCCAGGCAGCUGGCAGCUGCUGCCCCAGAGGUGGCUGUGUACCUGAAGGAGGCUGUGGGGAACUCGACUCGCAUCGACUAUGGCACAGGGCACGAGGCUGCCUUCGCUGCCUUCCUGUGCUGCCUCUGCAAGCUGGGGGUGCUGCGCCUGGAGGACCAGCUGGCCAUCGUCUUCAGGGUCUUCAACAGGUACCUGGAAGUGAUGAGAAAGCUUCAGAAGACCUACAGGAUGGAGCCUGCUGGCAGCCAGGGCGUGUGGGGCUUGGAUGACUUCCAGUUCCUGCCCUUCAUAUGGGGCAGCUCCCAGCUGAUAGACCAUCCCCAGCUGGAGCCUCGGCACUUCGUUGAUGAGAAGGUGGUCAAUGAAAACCACAAGGACUUCAUGUUCCUGGAGUGCAUCCUCUUCAUCACUGAGAUGAAGACAGGGCCCUUUGCCGAGCACUCCAACCAGCUGUGGAACAUCAGCGCUGUGCCCUCCUGGUCCAAGGUCAACCAGGGCCUCAUCCGCAUGUACAAGGCCGAGUGCCUGGAGAAGUUUCCUGUGAUCCAGCACUUCAAGUUCGGCAGCCUGCUCCCCAUCCAGCCCGGCACGUCCUAGGGGGGCCCGGCGGGAGCCGAGGCAGGGAGGUGCAGAUCUGCCUCCUCCCCUCCCCCCUCCUCCUCGCCGUGCCCGUUCCAGCCCGGUCCCUCCUCACCUCCUCAUCGGCAGCCACCGAUCCCCAGCGCUCGCUCGGAGGCGGACCCGGAGCGGCUCCUCCUGCAGCUCCCCGGCACGGGGACCCCUGGCCAGCAGCCCACCGGGGCCGGGGGCUCUGCCCUGCACGGCUCCGGGAGGGGGGGGGCUGGAAGAGGGGCAGCCUGGCAGCAGAGCCCUCUGCUUCCCCCCCAGGGCAGGGGUGGG